AUGACAGAAAUACACCUUGAUCAGACUUUUCAAAAGAUUCCUGAGCCAAUAAAGUUUGUUUCUAUAGAGGAUUUGAAUGCUUUCCCUUUACCAAAGACAUUAGAGUCGUUGCCACCGUCAGUGUUCCAACAAUUUUUAGAUAGCAAAGAUUUACUACAGGGGUACUUGAAGCAGUUAAAAGCAUAUCAAGAAAAGCAGCAGGAAAUCAUAGAUCAAUUGGACGAUUUGGAUAAUAUUUUGGGAAACGUGAUACAUAAACAAUUGAUCAAAGACUACACAGCAUUAGUGGAUAAAAUAAAUCAACAGAUUAAAAGUAUCAAUAUAAUAUAUCAAGAAUUUCUUAAUCUUGAAACAUAUCAGUAUCAACUACUUUCCAAUAAUUUUAAUCAGGACAUUUUGAAAUUGAAAUUUAAAAAAUUACUAGAAAAGACCAAUCAGGAAAGUUUAAACAUUGUCAAGGAUUAUCAUGAAACGGCAGAGUCGACAGAAGACGAUUUGAAUAAUAUGUUUGAAAAUUUUAAAGAAAGUCGUAAAUUGUACCAUUCAAGAAAGGAAAAAUUAUAUCGAUGGGAAGAAGAAAGAGUCAGUGGAUUUGUAUAA